AAAGUGUUGUAAAACGAAACGACAAUUGGCACUUAUCGAUAUGCCACACGUCACGUCAAAACAAGAGAAAGACAAUUGCAAUCAUGGACAAGGAUAAAUACACGCUUCAGUCUAUUCGGCAAGAUCUGAUUGAUAACAAUCUGCAAGCCAAGGCCAUUAUACAGGAUAUCCUUAACAGCAGAUCUUCUAUCGGCGAACUGGAGGAGCUCAACGAAGCGGGACGUGCCAAAUUGUCUGCGAUUCGCAAAAACAUUGAACGGCUGGACGAUUGGGCACGGGACAUGGCCGAUCCCUCGUUGGCCAUAGAGGUGGACACGCAUCGCGAGCAAUUUUCCAAAACUUUACAAGCAUUCCGCAAGGCCAACGUCUCCACAAUGCUGGAAAUCGAGAAAGCCAACCGUGAAGAGCUCAUGGCCAUCACGGGAGAAAGUGAUCUGAGACAGCGCACAACGGCAGGGGCGCGGCACAACCGGGGCAGUCUUGUAUCGCAGGAGAACGACGUCACCGAGAAAAUGCUGGCCAUAUCGCGGCAUCUGUCGGAGACAACACAGAAGAGUGCGGUUACUCUGGAGACCCUCGUUGCUUCCUCCCAGAACGUGGAGGCCACCAACGAUGAGCUACACAAUACGGCUGGGAGUAUCACACAGUCGGGCAAGCUGUUAAAGAAAUAUGGACGGCGCGAGUGUACCGAUAAGAUGUUGCUGUUCUUCGCCUUUUGCCUGUUUCUUGCCUGUGUCUUUUACAUUGUGCAAAAGCGACUAUUUUAGAUUAUUAACAAGAUCUGCUUUGCAGCCACGUGCAGACAACUUUCAAGUAAUUUAUUAAUGUAGUUGGUAUAGGAAGUUUUCGUUAUGUGUAAAAUGCUUCGCUAAUUUAAGAAUUAUUGUACAGGCACAUAUUUAAACGCAAUAGGAAAACAUAUUUAUUUAAA